AUGUCAGACCCAAUCCCAUCCGCAAGCGCAAGUGCAGACCCCGAAGCAUCCGAACGAUCUCUACCAACGAAUGCCGAAGACCGUAAAGCCGCCGCGGCUCUUUUAUCGCUCAAUCAGAAUGCAAUCGGCGCGGAAGCUAGCCCCACUGGGGGUCCAUCUGGUGCGGAGCAAGAAGCUCUGGGGAAAGCGAUGAGUCGGCUGGAGACUUCGGGACAUCAGAGGAACGAUCCUGCGGCGAAGAAAGUGGUUAAGAUUAUGUCGGCGGAUGUUGAAUUUUUGGUUGAUCAGCUUGAGGUACACAAGAACAAGGCAACGGAGCUACUGAGAUUGCAUGAUGGAGAUGUUGUCCUUGCCAUGAAGGCGUUUAUCUCUCCCUCUCUCUAG